AUACCCGUCUGUUAGCCAGUGCCUGUGAGAAUCACACACAUAUCCUAACUCCAUGCGGCAUAUUAUCGCUCACAGUCUUCUCUCCAUUUCCUGAAAAAAUAGUUUUUGUUGAGCAAUUUUACCUGAGAGUUCAUCAAACCUCAAUAUAAAAAUGAUAAAACUAAAUUUCACUUUCUUUUUAUCUGUUGCUUUCAUAGUGUACAUAGGAAAUUCUUUAUACAGCAUCGGCAAAAUGUUUUUUCCUCAAGAUUGUCCGGUUGGUCAAAAAUGCCUUGGUCCCUUUUUAGCUCGAAAUCCUGAGAUGGAAUUGAAGGUGUACACAUCAAGAGCGUUUAAAUUGACUCAUGGAUCUGCCGCAAGAGAUUUAAAACUAAUUUGGAAUUAUAGCAACUUUAGUUUCUACGAAGAAGUUACCAAAGAAUUGGAAGUCGAUAUGCCUAGGCAAACAAGAAAGAAUGGAAGCUUAUACAUUCAUGCUGCCUUAGUCAUGAGGGGAGAAGAACCUUUUACUGGUCGUUCUCUGAUGUCUUAUGCAGUCACAAGACAUACAACUUACACACCAAAGCAGGCCGAAGCCUUUAAACUCAUGACUGAGAAUUCUACAGCAAAAAAAGCUCCGAUUGACGAUAGACCAAUUAGUCAUUGGCGUUCCAAAUUAUAUAUUAACGUUAUGGCAAACUUAACCACUUUUGAUUACAAUUCCAUACCCAGCGAAUUGCAUCAGUUUAUAAGAAUAACUGAAAGCAACGAAUACAUGCCAUUCCUAUAUUUGAAUGAACUAAGCAAUCGAGUAAAGGAUUUGAUGCCUUUGAACCAGAGUGCUAAAACUAUGCCUUUAACUAUUCACUAUUCACCAAUUUCAUUGGGAAAAAUGAGAUUAUUUGUUACGAUGCAACAAUCUAUUGAGCAACUGCAUACUUGGGGAUUUUCUGAGAAAGACGGUGAUGAAAUCAAAGGAAUAUUUGUAGAUACUGAUUUUUAUUUACUUAUGCUAACUUUCAUGGUUGCUGCUUUUCACAUGCUCUUUGACAUUCUAGCAUUCAAGAACGACUUUCACUUUUGGAAGGGGAAAAAAAAUAUGGUUGGCCUUAGCACUAGAACGGUACUUUGGCGCUGUUUCAGCACCAUAAUUAUCUUCUUUUAUUUAUUGGAUGAAAAGACUUCAUUACUUGUUUUAAUACCCUGUGGAGUAAGUGUAGCUAUGGAACUAUGGAAAUUGACUAAAGCCUUCAAAUUAAAAAUUACAUGGAGUGGGUUGAAACCAAAAUUUGAGCUAGGAACAACUACUGACAAAGAAAAAGAUACAUUACAAUUCGACAGACAAGCAAUGAAGUAUUUAUCCUACGUCUUGUAUCCGCUUUGUUUAGGGGGUGCAAUUUAUUCUUUAUUGUAUACACCGCACAAAGGAUGGUAUUCUUGGUGUAUUCAGAGCUUGGUCAAUGGAGUUUAUGCCUUUGGCUUCCUUUUCAUGCUUCCGCAAUUAUUUGUUAAUUAUCAGUUAAAGUCUGUCGAACAUCUACCAUGGAGAACAUUUAUGUACAAGGCAUUUAAUACAUUUAUUGACGAUGUCUUUGCAUUCAUUAUAACUAUGCCAACAUCACAUCGCUUAGCAUGCUUCAGAGAUGACGCUGUCUUUCUUAUAUACUUGUACCAGCGCUAUCUCUAUCCUGUCGAUAAAAAGCGCGUCAACGAAUAUGGACAGACAUUUGAAGAUGAUCAAGCCGAUAAAAAGGAUAAGUAA